CAUCCACAUGGCACAGGUGAGACGCAACCACCGACCAAUUCAAUCCAUAUCUACUACUUCAACCUCCAGUAACCUAAGCACAGGCAUCCGAAUCUCACGCCUACAUGAGCUCGACACAGGACUAGUUUGCAGUGCAGUAUUGAACAAUCGACAUCAUGGGAAAGCGUUCUCUUCGGAGGCAGCAGCGAUUCCCGGUUGGGGCCUGGGACACUCGGUAUGUUGCGCGGUGCGUGCUAUGUCUCGGAUCCUUCCCAUAUCGCAAUGUCCCGGCCCCAGGAACAGGCCGCUUGGUCCAUUGGGACCGAAAGCGGAGUCUCUCAAUCUCCUGAGCACCAGAUCAAAGCGCUACGUACCCUGUGGUUCCAAAGCCUGCAGGAGCAUGGCCCCGAUAUGGAAAGUGACGUGGAGCAAGGUACCAGGGCCGACGAUGACGACGAACAUGUUCUGCAGGUUUACAACCAUGUGUCCUAACACAACAACUUGCGCCCCAUGUCCAAUUCAACAAGAGUUAUGUUCUUCUCUCCCAUAGUACCGCUUUCGGAACUCCCAUCAUCCAAGUCACGCUAUUAUGGCGACAUAUUCCCCAGAGAUCAGGCCCGGGAGCUAAUCAAAUUCUGGCUCGCCAGAAAGCUAUGCGAGUUCGGGAACGGGCCCGAAAGGCUUUUCGAAGAGAAGCUGCAGCUCGAAGCGGUUACUCAGCAGUUUCUAAACGCCUUUCUUGGAUGCAAAAAUGCGCGAGGUAGAACGCAACUAGAGAUUUGCAGAGACGAGUCCGAAGCCGUUCAGUGGGCUCUACAGUCGGGGCUCGGGGCUGGGAGCUUCACCUUGAGAGGCCACGUCGUCUAUUUUUGGGCGGAGGCGGUGGGUCUUGUGUUCGAAGAUAACUAGCAGUUGUCCGAGGAGGUCGAUAGACUAUACUACACAAUCAUUUCCAUAGAUAAUCCUCCAAUGUAAGAUAGAUCGCAAAUAAUUAUGCAAAUCACCAC